GUCACUAAGAAAAGCCGAAGACUGAGGAGAGGCGAAAUUUGAAGCUGGAGUGGAUUUCUUAUUGGAGGCGCGGCGGUGACACGUGAUCUCGCGGCGGUCCCGGGUAAGGGAGACGGGCGGAAGACAAGUUCUUUGGUGGAGGAAUGGGGCCCCGUUCUCCCACCCGCGUAGGCUAGCGCUUGGGUGCAGGCAGGACUUCGAGCAGCAUGCUAAGAUGUAAAGCGCUCUUCCAUUUACAAGGCGUUUUGUGGAUAACUCUUUGCAAUAGAUAACGCCCACGGAAGGAGCGAUUCUUCAUUUGGGCCAACCUCGUGCGAAGAGAGCCGACUGCUCUACGAGGAAGACCGAAUACUACACGAAAGUAGUUGACCAAUCCUGAGGAAGGAGCUUUCGGUUGUUGAGGGUAGGAUUUAUUUGCCAGGAGGGAACCCAAACAGGCUGAUCGGACUUUUUCGGGUGUCCUCGGGAAAGAUCGUGUCGGCGAGAUGAUGCGGUCCCCGAACUACAGCAAACUGACAGGCAGCGAGCGGGAGAAUUUGUAUUGGUCACUGAUGGACAAGGCGACGGAGAAGGCGUUGAAUGAACCCAAGCUAAGCAUCCCGAGGACGGCAUGGAAGUCUUGGAAGCCGGAGCGCGGGAACGCCGGGGCCGUCAACCGUCUGAGGCGCACCGCUAGCCCCACCCCCGCUACCAGGCCGCCCAAACUUCUGGUGGGCCAGGCAGACCCGUAUGCACAGUACUCCGGCAGUUAUAGCAGUUAUCCACCUGGACCUAGUCUCCAACCCCACCGACACCACACAGAAUACAGACCCGCGUCUCCAGUAUUCUCCGCGGACGAGAACGGCCGCAGGUCUCCCGUGCCCAAGCUGUUUUUCGCCACCAACCCGGACCCGUCCAAACGGAGGGCUGCGCUCAAUGUUCCUGUCUAUUCCGAGAGGAACAAGCCCUUGGAAGCGUACGUGGACAUCCUGGCCCCGGAAGGUGUGGACAAAGAGGAGCUGUACGACGCCCUGAAGGACUGUGCAGAAACCAAGGUCAAACAGAUGAUGGGACGUCACCCUCCACCCGUGCAGGUUACAGUUGCAGUUCAGUCGCCAGAGGGCGAGGGUAGGAGGAAGCACCAGCCGAAGCCGAUCGUCCACGACAGGGUGGAGCAGUUCAGCAGCAUGCAGCCCCGGGCCGGGAACGCCUACAGCCCCAUCCACUGGGUCAGGUCUGCCUCGGGAGUCCAGUACCCGUCCUACACUCACAGCAGUGUAGCAGGAGCGUUUGCCCCUGGUGUCAGGAAAACGCCCCAGAUCGGGCAGACCCCGUGGUCUGUCCGGCCCACCGACAUCUACCUGAUCGGCGGCAAGCCGGUCGAGAUAACGGAGCAGAUCGUCAACCAAGUCAACCGUCAGCGGUUCAAGUAUUGCAACUCGCCGUGGAAGGACGACCCGUCGCACAUGUAUUGCCGCCACACCACGCCGGCCACCUACCACCCCACGGGCCCUCCGCACGCCUCUGCCGCCAGCGCCGCCGCCGCCACCCGGGCAGGGGGGUCCGGGAGGCGCUUCGUGACCAGGGCGCCUAGCGUGCUGUCCCGCGGGUCCUACCUCUCUCCGGAGACCGUGCCCGACAAGCACUACGACCCCGUGAUAGGCGGGGGCCUCCGCCGACCCAGAGAAAUGGUCAAUCCCGAGCUGAGGGAAAAGGCCCUGCUCGAGCACCCCCCACACAAGGAGGAAGGUAUGAGCCGAACAUACGCGAAGUACACCCUGGGCGCCCAAGAAGUCAGCCCAGCCCCGCAGUAUCUGUACGAGUCCGACGAACUGUGAUGGCUGCAAAUGUGUCCAGGGCUGUAGCCAGAGUUCGUCUGGUGAGGGUUUGAUCGGGAAUUGUUGUUUAUGAUUCCCUUCACUAACCACAAAAAGGGUAAACUUUCCUGACGAUCGAGAGCUGAAUUGAUGAAAUUGAAGUCCUGGCUACACCCCUGUUCAUAAUUCUAAAAAAUCAAUAUACAGAUAUGAGUUGAAUGUAGCAAAGUGUAAUGGCGUUAAUGUGAGUACGCUACCACACAUAAUUUCAACAUUUCUUUCUCUUCAAUUAUCCUCUAACCGUACACAUAAACAGUGCACAUGUAACGCAGUAAGCAAUGGUUGAGGAAGGCUUCACAGUGCCAACAACUGACUAUCACCAAUUGAUAAGUUUCAGAAGCCGUAUGUUGUAGAUGAGUGUUAUACAGUCCACGCCAGGUCAACGUCAGUCUGACCAUUGUCAUCAACGUAGAAUUUCUUUGCCAUCAACUCAAGCAAAACAUUUACAAAGCUACAGUGGUUAAUACUUUUCAGAAAUCUUCACAUAUAACAACACAUUUUGAAACUUGAUCUUAGGCGUCCAUUUGUUUGCUUAAGAAUGCUAGUCUACGAAAGUUAGAGCCUGUAGUGUUAGUUAGAGCAUGAUUGACAUAUUAGCAAUCAAUGCGACUUGUUCUUUCUAUUGCAUCCAACACGCAGAGGGCAAUAAAGCUUUUGGGAAAAUGUC